UAAGCUCACUAUGCUAUUCCGGUAAUCUGUCAGCCUGCUGCUAAAAGAGCUUCACUGCUGUGCUCUACAGUCCUCCGGCUGGAAUAUCAUCUGUAUUUAAUGGUAGCUGAAGAGGACUGCCUGAAGUGAUGUCGAUUUGGCGCUUGUGAUCAAGGACAGGCGCUGCCCAUGCUGCCACGGUAGAUAUGCAGUCAUUAUGCCGCUGAGAGAAYGAUAGUAUUUGCCUCAUUUUAAUUCCUGAAGCUGCUCUGUGGCAGUGCUGAGGCUUGAUUAAAAAAUCUGCUGUUGCUGCUCUUAGCCAGACUUUUUUUUCCCCUCAGCCUGUUACUUUGCACGUGCUCAGUAAGCAAACUGUGGGUCAUACUGUUGUGACACACGAGACCAUUUGUGAAAAAGGACAUCAACUUUGGCACUACUGGGGGAUUAACUUUGCUGUGGAAGUGGGGACUGGACCAGAAGAGCAGGCCUGCGACAGCAUCAACAAUCAUGCUGCAGGGACACUAGUUUCCCUGUCUGAUCUUCUUCUGUGUUGGGCUUUUUUCCCCCCUUUUUCUGCAAUCUCAUUGAUUUGGAUGGUUGAGCACAAGGGCCACUUUGAAGGAGACUACCGGUGGCUGUGGUUGGGCCUGAGCCGACAGACUGCUUGCCAGCUAUUGCAGCUUUAGUACUCUUAUCCGCUGCUACCACUGCUGUAGCCUCUAUCAUUGUGGUCUCCAGUAUGAUUAGUGGAGGCUGCAGGCAUCACAGGAGUGGGACUAAACCUUGCWUACUGGCAUAGUUUGGUUUCUAUCGUUCAUUUUUACACCUGAAGGAUUUUGAUCCAGCUUUUCAGGAUCUUCUUCCCCCACUGUGCUGAAAACAAAAACCCGGUGCAGUCAAGGUCAUAUUUUUUGAGAAACGUCAAAUCCCAGGAGGAGGAUUGCUCUACAGAAGGAUGAAGCUGAGAAAACAGGUGACGGUGUGUGGAGGGGCCAUAUUCUGUGUGGCCGUGUUCUCGCUCUAUCUGAUGUUGGAUCGAGUCCAACAUGACCCUGCAAGGCGACAGAAUGGAGGGAACUUUCCAAGGAGCCAAAUUUCAGUGCUGCAGAACCGGAUAGAGCAGCUGGAGCAGCUCCUGGAGGAAAACCAUCAAAUUAUUAGCCACAUAAAAGAUUCUGUGAUGGAGCUCACAGACACUGGAGCUGUGUCUCCRAGUGGCCACCUGCCUUUCAGAAGUGCCAAUGGUUCCUGGGUCCUACCCUUCGACGGUCGACCCGCUUUCCUCGCCGUACAGCCUCAGGAUUGCCAGUUUGCGGAGCAAAAACGAGCUCAAGCUGAUGUUCAGAUGCUGGAUGUGUACUCCCUUCUCAAGUUUGAUAACCCUGACGGUGGUGUAUGGAAGCAGGGCUUUGACAUCACUUAUGAACCUGAUGAGUGGAAUAGUGAACCUCUGCAAGUAUUUGUGGUCCCUCAUUCUCACAAUGAUCCAGGUUGGGUCAAGACUUUUGACAAGUACUUCACAGACCAGACGCAACACAUUUUAAACAACAUGGUUGUGAAGCUGGCUGAGGAUCCUCGCCGGAAGUUCAUCUGGUCUGAGAUUUCGUUCUUCGCCAAGUGGUGGGAGACUUCAGACGUGCAUAAACAGGAGGCCAUGCGCAAGCUAAUCCUUGGAGGACAGCUUGAGAUUGUGACGGGAGGCUGGGUGAUGACAGAUGAAGCCAACGCUCACUACUUUGCCAUGAUAGACCAGCUCAUUGAAGGGCAUCAGUGGCUAGAACAAAAUCUAGGUAUAACUCCUCAGAGCGGGUGGGCGGUGGACCCCUUUGGUCACAGCGCCACCAUGCCUUAUCUCCUGAAGAGGGCCAACCUGACCAGCAUGCUCAUCCAAAGGAUCCACUAUUCAAUUAAAAAACACUUUUCCUCCACCCGCAGUCUAGAGUUUAUGUGGAGGCAGGCAUGGGACACGGGGUCGAGCACAGACAUGUUUUGCCACAUGAUGCCAUUCUACAGCUACGAUGUGCCUCACACCUGUGGGCCUGAUCCCAAGGUCUGUUGCCAGUUUGACUUUAAAAGGUUACCGGGAGGUCGGAUCAACUGUCCCUGGAAGGUGCCACCAAAAUCUGUAGUGGAAGCCAAUGUAGCAGAAAGAGCACAGCUACUCCUGGAUCAGUACCGUAAAAAGUCAAAACUUUACCGCAGCAAGGUGCUUCUCAUUCCUCUAGGAGAUGACUUUCGCUACGAUAAAGCCCUGGAGUGGGAUCAGCAGUACAUCAAUUAUCAGAAGCUGUUCGACUACAUGAAUUCUCACCCGGAGCUGCAUGUUCAGGCUCAGUUUGGGACUCUGACAGACUACUUUAACGCCAUAUACAAAGCUUAUGGAGUGGCUCCAGGAUCCAGACCUGGUGACUUUCCUGUGCUCGGCGGAGAUUUUUUUGCCUAUGCAGACCGCGAAGACCACUACUGGACUGGUUAUUACACCUCUCGACCUUUUUACAAAAGCCUGGACCGUAUAAUUGAAUCUCAGCUCAGGGGGGCAGAGAUCCUCUAUAGCCUGGCGGUUGCAAAUGCUCGCCAUGCGGGUAUGGAAGGACGCUACCCUGUCUCAGAUUAUGCCCUGCUGGUUGAUGCCAGGCGCUCAGUUGGCCUCUUCCAGCAUCACGAUGCCAUUACUGGCACAGCCAAGGAGAAUGUCGUCAUCGAUUAUGGGACCAAAUUACUACGUGCACUUAUCGGACUGAAGAGAGUUAUCAUCAAUGCAGCUCAUUUCCUGGUGAUGAAGAACAAAGAGUUUUAUCGCUUUUACCAGACAGAGCCUUUCCUGGAGACGGAUGACAGACGUGCGACUCAAGACUCUCAGCCUCAGCGCACCUUAAUCGAGCUGGACCCAGCAGGACCGAGGUACCUGGUUCUGUUCAACCCCAUUGAGCACGAGCGCCUGUGCACAGUGACCGUGUUGGUCAAUACAAUCAGGGUGCGGGUGCUUACUGAGGAUGGACAGACUCUCCCUGUGCAGCUGAGUGCUCAGUGGAGCUCUGGGACUCAGAUGAGUGCUGAGGUAUUUGAGGCGACGUUCAUGGUUCGUUUGCCACCUCUCAGUCUGGCUAUUUUCCACCUGUACGACUCGCCGGACUCUCCCAUGACGUUUCGGUCAGACACGGUGCUCAGGCUGUCUAGUCGGAGUGUCACCGCUCGGGCUGUCGAUCCACUUCCUGUUCGCUCUCAGCUGACGGACUCGCAGACCUUCUACAUUAGCAGCCAAGCUCUAACCCUGGGCUUCUCUGGAAUCACUGGGCUACUGGAGAGCAUCAAGCGGAAGGAUGAUCCUCAGGAAGUGAAGGUUCAAAUGCAGUUCAUGGUCUAUGGCACGCGUCCUUCAAAAGACAAAAGCGGCGCUUACCUCUUCCUGCCUGAUGGAAAACCAAAGCCGUACAACCAGAAAGAACCACCUGUGGUGCGUGUUGUUGAAGGGCCUCUUUUCUCUGAAGUGGUGGCACAAUACCAGCACUUUGAGCAGACCGUCCGCAUACACAAUGUGCCGGGCGUGGAUGGUUUGUCUGUAGACAUGACUACAACGGUGGACAUCAGAGAUCAGACCAAUAAGGAGCUGGCCAUGCGACUGGUCACCAGCAUUCAGAACGGAGAUGUCUUCUACACCGACCUGAACGGCUUCCAGAUUCAGCCUCGUAGAUACUACCAAAAGCUUCCCUUGCAGGGCAACUUUUAUCCGAUGCCCAGCCAGGCGUACAUCCAGGACAGCCAUCACCGCCUCACGCUGCACACUGCUCAGUCUUUGGGUGUCUCCAGCCUGGAAAGUGGCCAGCUCGAAGUGAUUAUGGACCGGCGGCUGAUGCAGGAUGAUAAUCGCGGGCUGGGUCAGGGUCUGAAAGACAACAAGAAGACUGCCAACCGUUUCAGGCUGCUGCUGGAGAGGAGAUUCACCGGCAACAAGAUGGACAGCGRGACAACUAGCUUCCCAUCUAUAGCCAGUCACAUGACCAGUUCCCUCCUCAACCACGACGUCUUGGCCCUGCCCGUCCUGCCCAAAAGACGCGGCGUCCCUCCUCUGCAGACGUUCGCCCCGCUCAAGACCGUCCUCCCCUGCGACUUCCACCUGAUGAAUCUGCGCAGCAUCCAGAGCCAGAAAGACCCCCUGUCUCCAUCUCAGUACACAGCCUUGAUUUUACAUCGUCUGGCAUUGGAUUGUGGCUUCGAGGCUCAGAACCUUGGCUUUAACUGCACCACCACACAGGGACAGCUGAGCAUAUGGAAUCUCUUCAAGAACGUGGAUCUCCACCUUCUCCAGCCGAUGUCUCUGACUCUGAUGCAGUCCAGCAAGCCUCUGGCCAACGACACCACCAUCAGUUUGGACCCCAUGGAGAUCUCCACCUACAGGAUCAAACUGCGCUAAGAGCCGUCCAGAGUAAAAAAAACAAACAAAAGAACAAACAAAAAAUAAAUAAAAAAACACUAAACACACACCAGACUCCUUGGACCAARGACCAAGCCUGGCCAAAUCCUGGCAACAAAGGAGUCUGGGUUUGCCUGUGUUGUUAAGCAGAACCAGGAACAUCGCAGCUUAGAGGAGCAGGGUCCGCUGUAACAGGACAGGCUGCACAGCAGGGGGCAGGCUACAGCUGUUGCUUCAGAUGCGAGGGUGCGACAGAAACCCAGGUGAAUUUAGCAGCUGAUCCAUAUCUGGAGAGACUGCCCGAAUCGCUCAUCAGAUACGGUCUGCGUGUCUCUGCAAUCACUAAAUGAAAUCUCUUUCAGUUCUGCUUUGUAAGAACUUGCGUCUUUUUUAUUUUUAUUUUUUCUAUUUUUGUUCCAUCCUGGACUAAAACUACUGAAUGUAAAUAUCCUACGUGAAGGAGGAGGGAGGCCAGGACUGGUGUCACAUCAAGAGUGCAAUUCACAAAGCUUUAUUUGGUGGAAGAGGUUGUUUUAUUUUUCGAAUGUGGUAGAAAUAGAUCACAUAUUCCGAACCCCUCCCUACCAAUCUCUCUCUUUUUAUUUUUUAAAAAAAUUUUUAAAUGGUAUUUUUUGUUGGAACUUGAAUGCAGCAGCAUAGAAUGUGCUUUCUCAUCACGAGUUCUGAGCUGCAAAUCCUCGAGCUGUGGGAGUCUUUUAAAAGCUCUGCUGGUCUGUACGCCAUGACGGCGUGAUCAUUAAUCAUACAGGACAACUUUCUCCCCGUCUGUCUUUUGUUUCUGCUUGUAGAUAGUUUGCAUUUUUUUGUUGUCCUGUCGAGACGCUGAUGAGAAAAUUACAAAACGUCCGUUCCUGUCAGAGGUGGUGUCAGUCAUUUUUGAGGGGGCUGUUUUUGUGUAGCGUUGCUYUAUGCAGUCAGACUGUACCUCAUGUUUACCAUACAGCAGAUAUAUUGGUGUGGGGUUGUGUUAAUGUGAAUACUUGAAGUUUGUUAAUGUACAUGUACAAUAUCGGGGACCACUCAGUACUUUUGAUUUGUGUGAAGCCAUAAAACAGGAGAACAAACCCCACAUUGGUGGACGUUUAGAAAAUAAAGGUCACUCAAAAUGACCAAACAAAUUUACCUUCAUCCAUAUGCAGUUUUGUGCGUGCAAUAGUUACUAUUUUUGGUUAAGAGGAAUAAUUUUGGUGUUCUUGGCAAGAUGUCUUUAAAAUCACAAGAUUCGAAGCCAAACGCGACUCGUUUUUAUUUCACUUGAAUUUUUACUGCCUAAAAUUCUAAAUACCUAAAUAUAACAUUUAUAUAAAAGAGAACAGCAAAUACCUGCAUUGAAAAUCUUGAGGAAAGAGGWUUAUUUAAAAUAUAUAUUUGCUUAGGAAAUAAACCAAAUAAAAGAUGUUAAUGUCAGUGACGCUCCGAAAUUUUUGCCAUCAUCUCAAUCGGACAUUAAAAUGAACACCAAAUACUAAUCGUAUCAGCAGUGUGAACGUUUCUGUCAUAAUCCACAGCUUGCAUGUCCCAAAUAUGCACAUAUCAACCAGAAAUACUAGUGAUGAUAGUAAACACGUAUAAGAGGUUUGGGAUCAUUUUUGUGCUGCAUAAUUUCUUUGUUUCAUCUGUAAGUUAUCUUUUAUUUGUUGAUUUAUUACGAUUUAGUGUUUUUGAUGAUUUUGUUGUUAGGAGUUGGGGCACAGUAAAAGAAUGUGUUGGACUUGUUUUUGCAAGAUAUUUAACACGACUGAAAGAACGAACAUUCCUUUUAAUGCUUCAGGCCAUUUUCUCAAAGCCUUAAUGUUUUUUUUUCUUUUCUUUGAGUUCUUCUAUUGUGGAAGGAUUAGUUUCUGCACACACAUAAUCUGUGACCUUCUGUAAUGAGAGUGAAAGCAGUGUUCAACCAAACUGUUGUUUUUAUUUUAUUUCCUGUACUUCUGAGUGUAAUUUUGGUUUGCUGACCCUACAGUAAUAGGUUGGUUCAAAUCACACACAGGGAUCCUCAACUCAGAGGAACAAAAACUUCAAAAGAAAAAUAAAUAAAACUCAACCAAGCUGCA